GGGGCAGAAACAUCGAUGAUAGAAUCAUGUUUUCAUAAACAUCGAGAGAUACCCAUCCCUAGUGUAAACUGAAAACCUUUACAGACGUUACCUCCCAUUCCACACACUUCACAAAUGUUCAAAAAUGUGUGGAAUGUUUUUCUGCCUUAUCUCGUCUGACAGUAAUCAUUGUAUUGACCAGUAUUCCUGUAUUGAAACUCUUAUAAAAAAUAGAGGCCCCGAUGCGUACAAUAAAUGCAUUGUGCACCUUACUGAGCGAUGGAAGGUCUUAAUAUUCAGUAGCACUUUAUGGACCCAGGGAUUAAAACCCACACCACAACCUGUGAAGAGUGAGAACGGAAGUUUAUUUCUUUGGAAUGGAGAUAUCUUCUUUGGACCUGAUUACACUGACGGUUUAUCCGAUACAGAAUAUCUAUUUGGUCAAAUUGAAAAUAAUGGGAUUGAAUGUCUUCUAAAGAUCUGUGGCCCAUAUUCAUUUAUUUAUUUUGAUUCUAAAGAGAAAAUAAUAUGGUUCGGAAGAGAUGUAAUAGGACGACACAGCCUUCUUUGGAAUUUAUCACCGCACGACCAAUUAAUUUUAACAUCAGUCUCGGUCAAAAGUUUACAGCUGGCUGAAGUCCCUAGUAUAGGACUGUACAAGAUCGAUCUCCAACAGCCACAGCUGACGAUUCAGCUCCAUCCUUGGUCGCAUUUUCCUUCCACGCUUUACCCAGACUUACCAAAUUCCGUGGAAUUAUUGAACUGUUUCAGUCAUGAGGUUUUGGGUGAUUACAAAACAUUCAAAUGGAUUGAAGGACCUUCGACUGACAAUUCUUUGGAAUAUUUUUCAGUUUUCAGUGAACAAUCACCAGAAGUUAUUUACACCACGUUACUCAGAGAUAUUCAAUUGUCUGGAAUGGUAAAAAAUGUUAAAACAUUGUUAUUCAAAUCGAUUGAGAAAAGAAUCUUGACACAACCCAAACACUGUUUAGGAUGUACUGAUUUAUCAGAAGAAUGCAGUCACAGUCGAACUGCAAUUUGUUUUUCUGGCGGUCUCGAUUCAACUGUGAUAGCAUUAAUUGCAAGUAAAUUUGUCCCACCCAAUGAAACAAUCGAUCUGUUCAAUGUCGCAUUUGAAAAGCUGUCAAGCGGUAAUAUUUGUUACGAUGUGCCUGACAGAAUUACCGGGAGAGAAAGCUUUGCAGAGUUAAAGUUGCUUGAACCUGCAAGAAAAUGGAAUUUUGUCGAAAUUAACAUAACACUAAAAGAGUUACAAGAACUCAGAGAAAAACACAUUCGAGAUCUAAUACAUCCACUUAACAGUAUAUUGGAUGAUAGUCUUGGUUGUGCUCUAUGGUUUGCCGUAAGAGGAAAAGGGAUUGCAAAUGGUAAACCGUUUUAUUCUAAUUCCAGAGUUGUUCUUCUUGGGAUGGGAGCAGAUGAACUUUUUGGAGGAUAUUCCAGGCAUCGGAAGGAAUUUGCAAGAGGUGGCUGGCGUGCAUUAGGUGAACAAUUACUCAUCGAAGUUCGUAAUAUAGGAAAAAGAAACCUUGGAAGAGAUAACAGGGUAGCUGCUGACCAUGGAAGACAGCCGAGAACGCCAUUUUUAGACGAGCGAGUUUACACUUAUGUCGAUAAUUUACCACCCUGGUUUAGGACUUACCUCGAGCCCAAUGUUAAACCUGGUAUUGGGGACAAAUUUCUUUUACGCCUUGUUGCUUGGGAUUUAGGACUGAGGCAUUCAGCAUUUUUACCCAAGAGAGCUUUUCAGUUUGGAUCAAGAAUCGCAAACCCAAAGGAAAAGGGUCAUUUAAUAUCUGAAAGACUCAAUUGAUAAUUGUAAAUAAUGAUGCUGCUGUUAAUAUUUUUAAAUAAUAAACAUAAUCAAUUUUU